AUGGCUCAGCAAGUGGCUUACCAACCGUAUGCUGACCAGGCUCAUGUUGCUGCCUUUGAGCUGAAGAAUUACCCCUUCCAGCCACCUCCUUCAAACCCCCCUUCCGUCUUCAGCUAUCAACAGCCACCCCAACAGCAAGCAUACUCACAAUACGGACAGCCUACCGCUGUAACAUCGACCGAUCAACCCUGGGACGAGAAAAACAAUGGUGUCCAACAGCAAGCACCCGCCCAAGUCGACCAUGAUGCCACGACGCAAUUGCAAAACUUUCGCAAAGACAAAGACGAUUUAAUGGAUGAGCAACUGAAGGAGAGAGUGAGAAAAGCGGUUGAAGAACAACUGAAACCGCAUGUUGAGGGAUUGGAACAAUCCCGGGGAAUUUCCAAGAAACUCGAGGAAGGGUAUACUCUUAGAGACAUCCCCGGUGAAUAUAAUGGUGGCUCUUACCUCGCCUCCAACAAUGAUAGCGGUUCAAUCUUGACUGUGUCGCUGGGCGGAUCUGUCCCAUUGAUUGCGAAACCCGGGGCAAUGGUAGCUAAGGAUCCCGGUAUCACCUUGAGAGGCCAGCUCUCCUUUUCAUGGAUGAAGCUUCUCACGAGGAGUGGAUUCGGCAAAUCAAAAUUCACUGGGAAAGGGGAUGUGUUACUUGCACCAUCCUCCCUUGGUAGUAUAGGGGUGAUCCAAGUCAAUACUGUCCGACAACCCGUCACUGAUGAUGAUAUACCACUCACUGCCGAAUGGAAGGUCGGAAGAGACUCUUUCCUCGCCGCGACGCACGCAGUCGAGAGUGACUACCAAACGCAAAAUCUUACCCAAGCUGUGUUCUCUGGUGAAGGCUUGUUCGUUUAUACGUUUAGUGGUUGGGGGCCCCUCUUUGUACAGGGUCUCGGAGCAGUCAUUGAGAAAAAGAUCGAAGCUGGUAAAACGUUUACAAUCGACAAUGGCUACCUGGUAGCCUGGAAUUGCCAGUACAAGAUCGAGCGUGUGGCUUCCGGCGGUAUCAUUUCCGGAAUCAGUUCUCGCGAGGGUCUUGCUUGCAAGUUCACGGGGCCAGGCACGGUAUAUUACCAGACUCGCAAGAUCCAGGACGUUGCGGCCCACUUGAAGAAGGCCAACCGGUGA